GCCAUCCCCCCUGAGACAGAGGCUGGCUGAAAGGAGGGGGCCUGCCCCACGCUGUGGACUGAGAAACCAGGGCCGGCCAAGUCUACGCAGUUCAGGAGGCCACAGCAGUUCACUGGACUCACCAGGGAACAUCUUGAAAGACCCUAGGGGCUGCACACACCUCCUCUAAGCCCUUGGACCAGAAGGAGAGGGAGAGAAUUGGAGAAGUGGCAGGGUCCACUCCCCCCUUCCAACUUACCGGUGUGUACCCCCAGGUUCCCCAGAAAGAAGGUGGCAGAUGCUUGCUGGAACAUGAGCAGCGAGGGGAAACCAUGCAUUCUGACUCCCCUGGGUCAGCUGCAAAACACAUGUCUAUGAUGAACCCGUGUGGGGAACGUGUGUGUUUGUGUAAGCACUGGCCUUGGUAUGGACACUGCAAGAGGAGAGACAUUGUCAUUCCUUACUUUUUACAUUUCUAUAUGGUUCGAAUUUAUUAUAACAAGCAAGUUUUGCUUAUGCAAUUAAAAUUUUUAAUAAAGAGAGACCAGUUUAAAAAAUACAGAUACAGUGCGCAGGCCACGUCGGAGCCAAGCCCAGCUGAUCAGCCAUGAUCAUGGAUGUGCAGCUGGCCAUCUUCGCCAACCUGCUUGUCGUUCUCUGUCACUACAUGGCCAUCAACAGUCCCAAGAAGUAGGAAUGAAAGUGGCGCUUUCUCCACCUCAAGUUUCCAGGACAUAGUCUGAGGCAAUAUGGAGCGUGUGAGGGGCCUUCACCCUUCACUUCGUCCCUUCUACCCAU